AUGAUUAAAAAAACACAAAUAUUUUGCUAUCAAUUUGCAAAAAAUAUCUUUCCCGUCUCUCCUUUUUUGACUGAAUCCCUGUUCGGCCCGUGUCACGUGACGCGCCUCACACACCCCCAGGUUCUAAUUCCGGAAAUCCCAACUGCUCACUAUCUCCUCAUUGAUCUCACGCCAACACUCCGCUACUCCACAAUGCAACGGUCUGGACUCAAAGCACUUGCGGUGUCGGUGCUCGCAACCACCGUUCUAGCGAAUUUCCUCCCCAUUGACGGCGACAAAAACCGUCUUGUCUGCGAAGGAAUGUAUGCCAAGAAGGACUGGGGUGGAUCCAUUGCGCCCCAUAUCGAGGUGACAAUCAAUCAAAUUGGCGAUAAAAAGUGGGAUGAGAAGAAUCCAGACGCGGACUUAUCGGCCGACCACAAGGUCAGCUAUGUUUUAUUCGAGUUUAAGGAUAUAGAUCGGUUGGGAAAAGAUUACGCUAAAAGCGGACGUAGAAAGUAUAUAUGUGACGAUGUGGCGGUCAGUGCGGGCCUCUGUGAGCAGAGCGAAUAUGGCCAGUUCUUGUCGAAUGGCGAUUUGCUGAAUACAACGGUCAGAAUUGCCCAGUUUGACAAAUUGGGGCCGGCAAAGCUCGAGUACCCCAUUGGCCGCACCGGAUACUACUGCUUGUCGACGUUUGCCGUCAGCGGUCUGUCCAAGUCCGAUGAAUUUAAGUAUAGCGGUAAGAUUGAUUUCCAGAAUGCGUUCGGUCAAUUGAGUGCCUCGGAGAUCCCCAAGUUGACUGCGUACGGGAUUUUGACCGUUGCGUAUGCGGUGACGCUUGGAUUUUUCGGAUUCCAGUUCUUUAAGAAACGUGACCAGAACCAGAUCUUGCCCCUUCAACGGUACUUGGCGGGCAUGUUGGGUCUUCUUACGUUCGAGACCCUUGUAGUGUGGUCGUACUAUGACUUGGUCAACCGCACCACUGGAAAGAGCUGGUUUGUCAAUGCAUACGCCAUGUUUUUGUCUGUUUUGAGCUCGGUGAAGAUCACCUUGUGUCUCUUUUUGUUGAUGCUUGUGUCUCUUGGGUAUGGUGUUAUCUCGCUUAAACUUCCCAAGAAGGUUAUGCUUAGAGCCAAGAUCUUUGCUGCGUGCCAUUUCACCGCCACCAUGAUUUACUUGUUAGGAAACUAUCUUACCGGUUCCGGUAGUUCGUUCUCCUCUUCCAACGGUGAUGUCGAAGAUGCCAGCGCCGAAGGCACUUGGAUCCAAAUGCUCAUAUUUAUUCCAGUCACCAUCACCUUGAGUGUGUACUACGUCUUUAUCUUGUCGCACAUGAGGGAGACCUCUGCCAAGUUGCACAAGCAGAGACAAGUGAUCAAGUUGAAGUUGUUGGAUAACUUGUUUAGUUUAGUCAUCAUGGCGUGGGUAUUAUCCUUCAGCGCGCUCUUUUUCCCCGUGAUCUUCUACUUCAGCUACUCGGACACCGACGGUCUUGAGAGCAAGUGGAAGUUCUGGUUUUUCUUUGCCGACUUCUGGCCCAGUCUUUCGUUCUUCAUCAUCUUCCUCGGAGUCUCCUGGUUGUGGAGACCAACGGAAACCAGUUACAUGUUGGCUGUUUCUCAGCAAUUGUCCACCGCUGGCGAAGAGCCGGAGGAGGGCGCUGAAAACGGUGAGUUCCACAACCAAAAUGAGUUCGAGCUCGACGACAUCUCCUUGAUGAGCCACAGUGACGAUGAGGCCGCCCCUCGUAGAACCAGAGACAGAGACAGCUUCGAGCUUGAAAACCACCCUGCACCUCCAACUGCACCUCCCAAUUACAAAGAAGUGGUGGACCCUGAGCCUCUGCACGAGCACGCCAGCAACACACUCUUCGAGCUCGAUGACGACGAGAGCGUCCCCGCGAAGACAAAUGCUAAGGUCGACUCCAAGUAA